CGACCAACAUCAACGCCAAGAGCCCAGAUUUCACUCGGGCCUAUGUCGGUGUUGAAGCCCAACGUUCCUGACAUUCAUUUCUGCCACUGUGUUCACUGUCGACCAAUCUCGCUGCCGACUAACAAUAUAUCUUCGUGGCUCGUAUCAAUCCAUCCACCUUUACACGCCCGUGCCUGCUGGAACACACGCUUCUUGUCCCUAGGCACUUCUGUAGUCGCAGUUGUGCGGCCUGUACUUGUGCAUCUCGCAACGCAGCCCCAAGCCUCCCUCCAUUGUAACCCUUACUGGCGUUCUUAUGUGUGACGGCGGAUUAUCAAGGAAACCCUGUGUCACCCGCCUCCUCUAGCCCUCCAAAAUACGUGUUUCUCCCAGCAAGCAGGCUAAUAGCGGCACAUAGAGCCAUAGACUGGUCACGUUCUAUCCAUGGCCCGUUGCUCGACUUCCAUAACAGGGAUGUGAUCCAGGCGACCUCAUGGGAUGGCAGCUUGUCCGGCCUUGUCAAACCCAAGUCAUGACGCAAUCUGUACACAGUCGAAAAACAGCUGACUGUGCAGUUCGAGACAAGACUCGCAAGUGGGCCAGAACCAUCCAGGAUGUCGACGACAUGAGAACGAUGACGGACCUCACUGCAUUGCUCAUCUUGGCUUACAAUAGUUGGGCUUCCCCCGGCGAA